GACCUGUUCGUUAAUCGUUAUAGUUCGGUCUUCAAAGGGAGAAGAGACUGAAUUGGGAGCAUUUUUAUCAUCUUCGUCUCCCUUUGAAUCUCUCCGUCUGCAAUUUCGUGUCUGAUUCUGCGUCACAGACUCACAGUAUCACAAGUUAGCCUUUUCGGCUCUUCAAUUGAGUGCUACCUGAUCAGCGGAUUCGAGGAGGAAAUUUUUCAAUGGAGGACAAGGAGAAGGAAAAUGUGAGGGCGAUGAGCGAGGAGCGAUGGCAAGGAGCUAUAGUUAAUCUGACGGAGAUGACAUCUAAUUUGGAGUCUCUCCAGAAGUUACUCCUUAAGAAGGCCGUCUUCGUUGAUGAAGAUACAUACACCAAAGCCUCACUCACCUCGGAACAAGCCCGUACGAUUAAGGUUCUGGAACAAAGGGUAGAGACUUUGGAGAGAGAACUUGAUGCAGCCAUAUCAGCUGCAGCCCGUGCACGCGCAGAGAAACGACAAGCUGAGGUAGCACAGAAAGCUGCUGAAUUACGAGCACAAGGAGUCACCAAAGAACUGGAAAACACUACAAAGGUAUUUCAACUACACAUGGAGGAGUUGCGAGCAAAGCAAGAGGAGAUUGCGAAGCGUGAUAAUGACAUUAAACUUUUGGAAGCAAUAAUCCAGACUCUUGGUGGAAGAGAAUCACAUUCUUCAAGUGGAUAGAUAAUAGAAAGUUGAAAUUUAGAGAAUUGUUGUAUUUCGUCGUCUCUUUUGUUGACUUCCGUUGUUGAUUCUGACGUAAAACUGGAGCUCUUUUGUCCACUCCAAUAUAGAUGGGAAAAGCUAUUUUGAUGUUACACAAGUUAAAACUUACCUACACCUACCAGGUAGGAUACAAUACCCAGCUUUAGCUAAAACCUAUUUAUUUCUCUUCUCUCGACAGCAAACAGUUGCACACAUGACCAGUUCAUAUCAUGUUCACAUAGCACACCAUUUUCCGUCAUACAUUUUUACCUGUACAGGCUCCUCUAAUAUUAACCAUGCCAAACGUGUCCGAAGAAGAAAAGCCUAGCAAACGAAGCAUGUCCAAAAGCAAACCAACCCCAAGGACGACUACGAAAAAACACCGCCUAAUUUCAGAGUAGCACGAUCUAAUUCAAAAUUUUCACACAAUUGAGGUCGUCUAGCAUAUUUUUCCACAUCAGUAGGAUCCAUUUAGUUUGUACACAUUAAUAAUACUCUUUCGUCAAGAAGCAUUUGGCGCGGUCUCGCUGACUAGGUCAUAGGUGCUGGUUUCCUCGUUGAAGGAGUACCUAAGCAUAUAGGUAAAAAUGAUGAUCAGUAAUGCGGUAGAAGAUAUACAAUAAUACAAUCACUUCUAUUAACUCCUCUACUGCAUCUUUUCUAAGAACAUCAUAUAGGUAUAUAGCAAAUUACUCACACAUUAUAGCCUUAAUACUACAUAUUUGGGAUGGCUACAUCAAUAUCUGUGUUGUAACUUGUAAGUAGGUCAAUACUCAGUGAAGAUUCAUUACCAUAGCCCCGAUGUCGCAGAGCAGUAUAGCCCAGUGUUUGGGUCAUAAUAAUAACCCAAGCUGCUGCUGUAGUAGUAACUGAAAUAAUGACAACCAGGAAUCAGUAUUUCGACUCGUGGAAUACAUAAGCGGAAAGAAG